AUCUUUUAUCCUAUCCUAUAUUAUAACUGUAUGAAUUGUUUUCAACUCAAUGUUAUGUUAAUUUAGAAGUUUAAUGAAAAAUUGGCUUUCAUGACUGCAUGACUGUUAAAGAAAGAUGAAAUUUGGAUAUUUUGUUGCAUGUAGUGUGUUAGUUCACGUUGUACUAUUUGCUUCCAUUUUUGAUAUAUAUUUUACGUCACCUCUGGUUCGAGGAACUAGUUCAUUUCAUGUGGAUCAACAUAUCAAUGCAUCCGCUCGUCGUUUGGUUUUAUUUGUGGCAGAUGGACUUCGAGCAGAAACAUUUUACAAUAAAUCAAUGCAUGACCGUUCUCCAUUUUUAAGUGACAUCAUGAAAUACUAUGGAACUUGGGGAGUUUCACACACUCAUAUUCCUACUGAAUCAAGACCUGGCCAUGUUGCACUAAUUGCUGGAUUCAAUGAAGAUGUCAGUGCAAUCAUGAGAGGUUGGAAAGAAAAUCCUGUUGAGUUUGACAGUGUUUUCAAUCAAAGCAGAAACAUGGUCAUGGGAAGUCCGGACAUUUUGCCAAUGUUCGCCAAGGGUUCAUCAGGAGAUCAUGUUCAUAUACAUUGUUACCAUGGCGACACUGAAACUUUUGCUGGUGACGAUUCCUCAAAGCUUGAUACCUGGGUGUUUGAUAGAUUCCAAGAAUUUUUCAAAAAUGCAUCGAAUCACCCAACUCUGCAUGACAGACUUCACCAAGAUAAAAUUGUAUUCUUUCUUCAUCUACUUGGCAUUGACAGCAAUGGUCAUAGUCAUAAACCAAAUUCAAAAGAAUAUUUGGACAAUAUAAAGAUCGUUGACGAAGGAAUAUCUAAUGUGACAAAAUUGCUAGAUGAGUUCUACAAAUAUGAUGGAAAGACCUCUUACAUAUUUACUGCAGAUCAUGGAAUGACAGACUGGGGAUCACAUGGUGCAGGACUUCCAUCUGAAGACCUAACACCUUUGGUAGCAUGGGGAGCAGGAAUCAGUUCACCGAGUGCAUUGGAAAGAAAAAGUGAAUUGUUGAAUGAAGAUAUUGACAUGACAAAAUCAUGGGGCCUGAACUAUUUGGACCGGCAUGAUGUAGAACAAGCAGAUGUUUCAGCCUUAAUGUCUGCUGUUCUUGGUAUUUCUUUUCCUGUUAAUUCAGUAGGUUCUCUGCCCCUGCCCUAUCUUUCGGGAAGCGCAAAACAUAAAACUCAAUUGGCAAGAAUGAAUGCGAAACAAAUUGCUGAACAAUUUGCUGUCAAGUUAAGAUACAUUGAAGAGCAUUCAAUAAAAACAUUUUUUCGUCCAUUCCCAAGAUUGUCUGUUAGUGAUGUUGCUCAAGCAGAUAUUGAAAUUUCAUCCCUGAUAGGAAAAGAGGAAUAUACACAUGCAAUUAAAAAAAGCAAAGAGUUGAUAGAUUCAUCAUUAGAAGGCUUGCGAUAUUAUCACACAUAUGACAGAACGUUGCUAUAUUUCUCAGUUAUGUCAAGUUUUGUGGGAUGGAUUUGUAUCACUGUACUAUUAGGUAUUAAGCAAAUCUCUGUUAUGGAAAGUCAAGCUAUGAAGCUGAAACCUAUUCACUUACCAACUAUGAUUGGAUAUGACAGAAUAAAUGUCAUUUUCGCUGCUAUCUUCGCAUUUGCAACAAUCAUGCUUCUGGUUACAAUUUCACCUUGGACCUAUUAUGUGUACUGUUUGUUACCAGUUCCUAUAUGGUACUGGAUUGCAUCAGAAAGAUUUCUAAUCAGAGCUACAUUCAAUGCUUUAGUAAGAAACAGAGAGCUAACUAAGGGUAUAUUUGUCUAUGGCAUAUGUGGAAUUAUUGGCAUCUGGAUAUUGAUUGCCAGUUUCUUUCAUCGCAAUUUUCUAUCACCAGGACUUUUGGCGUUAUCCACAUUGCCUAAACUUUGUAGCGGGAGAAGCGACUUCUCUAUAUUAGACAAAUUGUGGGUUUUAGCUUGUUUCUGCAUUGCAAUAUUUCCAAAUUUGCCAACUAUUGGCAGAAGUCCAAAUAUGAAUCUUGUAAUGUGCGGGGGAAUUGCUGCAUCAAUAUUAUGCAUCCUAAUAUCUAUGCAAGGAAAAGUUAUAACUUUAUCAAAAAGUUUAUUAUAUGCACUUCCCAUUUUAACUUCAAUCAUAGUGUUAUUAACAUCUGAUCAAUCUACCAGUGACGGCACUGUGUCCAAUAUCCAUGUUUUAAGUUGGGUGAUAUUGAUUCUCAGUUGGGUUGCUCCAACGUUCAGCUCUACAAAUAUGCAAGAACGACUUUUAAGUUUAUAUGUUUGGCAAAUGUCUGCUUACAUGUUGCUGAGUUUGUCAUAUGAUGCUUUAUUUUGCGUAAUCUUAUGUGGAUUGCUACAUAUUUGGAUUCACUUAGAACACAGUAUUACAUCAACUGAAGAGAAAAAUCAAGUCAGACAAAUUAAAUUUGAAGAUUUGGAUUUUCGUCUGUCUCACAUAACAUUAGGGGAUGAGAGUGUUCUUCGUCAACCGAAGCUUUCUGAUGUUCGCAGAAGUUUCAUGUUGGUGUUUUUCCUGGUUGUUGCAUUUUUUGGAGUUGGAAAUAUAGCAAGCAUUAACAGUUUUGAUGUCCAAGUUGUUCUACCAUUUAUAACAAUUUUUGAUCCCUUCGUAAUGGGAGGCUUACUUGCUUAUAAGGUACUUAUGCCAUAUCUAUUGGUCGCUUGUUCAUUUUGUGGAAUUGCAUUAUCUACUCGGAUGCCUCUUCGUACUCUAUGCUGUAUUGUUAUGGUUAUAUCUGAUGUGAUGGCGAUGCAUUUCGUCUUUAUGAUCAAAGACCAUGGAUCUUGGCUUGAUAUCGGAACCAGCAUCAGUCACUUUGUUAUUGUAAUGUCAAUGAUAACAUCACUGCUGCUAUUUUUUGUAGUUGCCAAUUUCCUGACAACAUUUAGUUUUUUUUAAAGUUAACAAGCUGUAUUGAAACCUCAAGUACUGCACCACCGCUUCUCUUCAUUUACACACACAAUGAUAGUUGCUUUAUGUUUAUUUAUUAUGCAAAUGUUGUUAAUUUUGAAGUAAAUAGACACUUAUACAUACCUUACUCACAACAAAGGCCCACAAAACCUGAAUGGUUUCAGAGUUUAGUAGGAUGAAUAAAUUUUUUUUCUAGUAAGUCAGUCGGUACUGGUGAUUUAUUUUAUCACAUGACGAAAGUACACAAUGGACAAACAUAAUUAAGAUAAGAUAAAAAAAUACCUUUCAGUGUGAAGGGAGACGCGAUAAACCAGUGGUGGAUGGAAGGUUAUAAAGGCGCGUGAUAAACCAGUGGUGGAUGGAUGGUUAUAAAAGGCGCGUCACCUAUGGGGGAGUGAGUCUAACAUUAAAUCAUUUUAAGAAAAAGUCAAACAUGUAGUAAUGUUCAUACACUUUCAAUUAAAAUACAGGUCUUUCCUAGUGCAACAGUGAUUUUUUAUUUCACUAUGCCAGUUAUUCCACUUUUAUUCUCUUCGAAUUCAAAAACCUAUUCUACCUCCGAUUUUGAACCUUGAGAAAAAAUCUGUCACUUUCUAUGCUUCUUCCUCUCCGACAAAACCCAUUCAAACUGGCGACACUAGAACCUCCUCCCCGCAAAGUGAAUCUUCUUCCCUUUCAGAUGACCGUGAAGACUCUUCACAUCGGUCAAAUCCGACAUCUAAUAAAAGAAUUUCCGCCUAAACGCGUUUCCAGGCCCGUGCGCGCUAUGUCAAUAGGAACUCCGAGAAGCAGUCGUGGCCCCGGGUCCGACCUCGCCCAUCCUUAUAGUUGAGCCUGAGCCCGUAGUUACCCAUAUUCCGGACUUCCUGUGGUUGCAAAAAUAUAUUAAUGCAGCCACUCCUACUCCCACGCUAACCGUGACACAUCAGAACUCAAUUUCUGCGCCCGAUGAUCGCCAGAGUUCAUCUCCCCAGGAGGUUGUAAGUUUCAAAACAUGAUCAUGUUGUUGGAAUAACUUGGUGUUUUACCACCCGUAUAUCAUUCAUUGUCGAGAAUAAUAAUGAAAUCAUAAAAUCCAAAA